CGAACGAGCCACCACGCGCGUCACGAGCGAAUUCGCCGCGCCCGUCGCCGCCAUUUUUAAAUCUCCAUUUUGUGUGUGUUUUUCUCUCACUAAUAAUAAUGUCCGAAAUAGGAUUGGGCUGGAACCAAGACACUGUAAUGCGUUUGGUUGACGAAUACAGAAAAAAACCCGAGUUGUGGGACACAUCGCACGAUUCGUAUCGUGUGCAAACAGCCAAGUACGGCGCGUGGUCGCAAUUGGCGGCCAUGUUUGAAUGCGAUGUCGCCGAUUUGAGACGCAAGAUGAAUUCGAUUCUCGCUUCGCUCCGGAGGGAGAAGAUUAAAGUUCGCUGCGGAGGUCACUCUACGUGGUUUCUGUAUGAGCACCUCAGCUUCUUACCAAGACAUUUGCCUAAUAAUGCCGUUGGUAGUUCGCCAUACAAAGCCACAAAGAAAACUGAAACAGAAGAAUCUGACCAGUCGGACCACGUCAAUGACAACACUGAACAAUGUGAUGAUGAUGAUGAAGAGUACAAUGAUGUAGAAGAUGAAGAACAAGAGUUAGUUUUCAUCAAGGAAGAACCCACGGUGAAAUCAUAUGCCAAAUCUUAUAAAUAUAUCGUCCGUCAGCCAAUAAACAAGCCGCGGCUUACAAGAAGAAUUAGAAAGAAACCUGUUAAUAAUAGCAGCACACUUGAUAGUAAAAUUCUGGAGACUCUGAGACUAAUCAGAAGAUCAGAUUUUGCCAAAAAGAAAGAUGCAUGUGAUAGCUUUGGACAUUACGUAGCCGAUUCAUUAAGGAAACACGAUGAAAGGACGCAGUGUAUGAUCAAACAAGCUAUAAAUAAUAUACUGUUUGAACAAGAAAUGAAGAAAUAUGGACAUUAUGAAGUGUUGAUAGCUACUGAUGAUAAUCCGUUAAUUUUAGAAGAAAAUUCUAAAUAAAUUUCAGUUUAGAAAUUACUGCAGCAUGAUCA